GCGCGGAGAACCUUGGUCUACAUUAAAGGUGCCCUUCUCUGUGUGGUGUGUGUUGUGUGUGAAGACGCUUGUGCGGCAAUCCAACUCUUUCGUGUAUACCCCAUACAGCCAGGAAUCUGUUUCCCGUCUGUAAACACACGACGGAGCUUUCCAGCACAAUCUUCUUAGUUCCCCCACCAGAAAAUCAACAAUAACAUUAAUACCUCUAAUCUGAGCUUGCGCCCAUCGAGCAAUAUUUCACCAUGGCCGAACACGGCUCUCCUGCGUUGAACACGCAGAUUGAGUCGGGCAACUUCGACGAGAAGCACGCCGAGGCUGCUCCCGCUGAGCCCACUCCCACCAAGGCCCCCAAGGUUGAGGAUGACGAGGAUGAGGAUGAGGAUAUUGAUGCCCUCAUCGAGGAUCUCGAGUCCCAGGAUGGACACGGUGCUGAGGAGGAAGAGGAGGAGCGUGACCAGCACGGCGGUCGCGUCAUUCCCGAGGAGCUUCUGCAAACAGAUACCCGCAUCGGUCUUACUGAGGCCGAGGUCGUCUCACGUCGCAAGAAGUAUGGUCUCAACCAGAUGAAGGAGGAGAAGGAGAACCUGAUUCUCAAGUUUUUCAUGUACUUCGUUGGUCCUAUCCAGUUCGUCAUGGAGGCUGCUGCCGUCCUGGCUGCCGGUCUGGAGGAUUGGGUCGAUUUCGGUGUCAUCUGCGCCCUGCUUCUGCUGAACGCCUUCGUCGGUUUCGUCCAGGAGUUCCAGGCUGGUUCUAUUGUCGAUGAGCUCAAGAAGACGCUGGCCCUGAAGGCAGUCGUCCUCCGUGACGGUACCCUGAAGGAGCUUGAGGCCCCUGAGGUCGUCCCCGGUGAUAUCCUCCAGGUUGAGGAGGGUACCAUCAUUCCCGCCGACGGUCGCAUUGUCACCGACGACGCCUUCCUCCAGGUUGACCAGUCUGCCAUCACUGGUGAGUCCCUGGCUGUCGACAAGCACAAGGGCGACCAGUGCUUCGCUUCCUCUGCUGUCAAGCGUGGUGAGGCCUUCGUCAUCGUCACCGCCACUGGUGACAACACCUUCGUCGGUCGCGCCGCUGCCCUUGUCAACGCCGCCAACUCUGGAACCGGUCACUUCACUGAGGUCCUCAACGGUAUCGGCACUGUGCUGCUGAUUCUCGUCGUUUUCACCCUCUUGAUCGUCUGGGUUUCCAGCUUCUACCGCUCCAACUCCAUUGUCGACAUCCUCCGCUUCACCCUGGCCAUCACCAUUAUUGGUGUGCCUGUCGGUCUGCCUGCCGUCGUCACCACCACCAUGGCUGUCGGUGCUGCCUACCUGGCCAAGAAGAAGGCUAUCGUUCAGAAGCUGUCCGCCAUUGAGUCUCUGGCUGGUGUCGAGAUUCUCUGCUCCGACAAGACCGGUACCCUGACCAAGAACAAGCUGUCUCUGGCUGAGCCCUACACCGUCGCCGGUGUUGACUCUGAGGACCUCAUGCUUACUGCCUGUCUGGCUGCCUCCCGCAAGAAGAAGGGUAUCGACGCCAUCGACAAGGCCUUCCUCAAGUCGCUCAAGUACUACCCCCGCGCCAAGGCUGUCCUGUCCAAGUACAAGGUCAUCAACUUCUACCCCUUCGACCCCGUCUCCAAGAAGGUCACUGCCGUUGUCGAGUCCCCCCAGGGUGAGCGCAUCACCUGCGUCAAGGGUGCUCCUCUGUUCGUCCUCAAGACCGUCGAGGAGGACCACCCCAUCCCCGAUGAGGUCGACCAGGCCUACAAGAACAAGGUCGCCGAGUUCGCUACCCGUGGUUUCCGUUCCCUCGGUGUUGCCCGCAAGCGUGGUGAAGGCUCUUGGGAGAUUCUCGGAAUCAUGCCUUGCUCCGACCCUCCUCGUCACGACACUGCCAAGACCAUCAACGAGGCCAAGACUCUGGGUCUGUCCAUCAAGAUGUUGACUGGUGAUGCCGUCGGUAUCGCUCGUGAGACUUCCCGCCAGCUCGGUCUCGGCACCAACGUCUACAACGCUGAGCGUCUCGGUCUCGGCGGUGGUGGUGACAUGCCCGGCUCUGAGGUCUACGAUUUCGUCGAGGCUGCCGAUGGUUUCGCCGAGGUCUUCCCCCAGCACAAGUACAAUGUCGUCGAGAUCCUGCAGCAGCGUGGCUACCUGGUUGCCAUGACUGGUGACGGUGUCAACGAUGCCCCCUCCCUGAAGAAGGCUGAUACCGGUAUUGCCGUCGAGGGUGCCUCCGACGCCGCCCGCUCCGCUGCCGACAUUGUCUUCCUGGCCCCUGGUCUUGGUGCCAUCAUCGACGCCCUGAAGACUUCCCGCCAGAUUUUCCACCGCAUGUACGCCUACGUCGUCUACCGUAUUGCCCUGUCGAUCCAUCUGGAGAUUUACCUUGGCCUGUGGAUUGCCAUUCUCAACCGCUCCCUGAACAUCGAGCUCGUUGUCUUCAUUGCCAUCUUCGCCGAUAUCGCCACCCUGGCCAUCGCCUACGACAACGCUCCCUUCAGCCGCACCCCCGUCAAGUGGAACCUGCCCAAGCUCUGGGGUAUGUCCGUCCUGCUCGGUGUCGUUCUCGCUGUCGGUACCUGGAUCACUGUCACCACCAUGUACGCUGGUGGCGAGAACGGUGGUAUCGUCCAGAACUUUGGUCGUCUGGAUGAGGUCGUCUUCCUUGAGAUCUCCCUGACCGAGAACUGGCUGAUCUUCAUCACCCGUGCCAACGGUCCUUUCUGGUCUUCCAUCCCCUCGUGGCAGCUGACUGGUGCCAUCCUGGUCGUCGACAUCAUUGCCACUCUCUUCUGUAUCUUUGGCUGGUUCGUUGGUGGACAGACCUCCAUUGUGGCUGUUGUCCGUAUCUGGAUUUUCGCCUUUGGUAUCUUCUGUGUCAUGGGUGGUGUCUACUAUAUCCUCCAGGACAGCGUGGGCUUUGAUAACCUCAUGCACGGAAAGUCGCCCAAGGGCAACCAGAAGCAACGGUCACUUGAGGAUUUCGUUGUUUCCCUCCAGCGUGUGUCUACACAGCACGAGAAGUCCCAGUAGGAGAGGAUUUGAGAGGGAAGAUAUACCCCACUGUCCAUACUUAUGCGCUGCCACGAUGUGGCUGACGGCUUUCAAUUUCCUUUAAUUCGCAUGUGCAUUACACAAAAAGGAUGGAGCGAGUAGAAAUGCCCGUCGAGAGCAGUUCAUUAGAGGAACUUAAUACAAUACAAGAAUAAAUAAUGUCAUUUCAAGCUCGUGUUUCUUUGGGUGAAAGACAUGAUGGAUUCGCAUCCUGCGUACAUGUGUGUCUGUAUUUUUAUUUCAAGAUAGCUAUGUGCUGGGUCAUCUGUCUCAUCACAUGUGAAGUGUAUGUAUGCUGAUCAAGAUGUGUGUGCAC